AUAUAAAGUGUAUUUAGUCAUCCCUCAUGUGAUAUUUAAAGCAAUAUCCCAAGUAGCUACCAAGAGCAUUAAUUCCCCUUCCUUUAUUUUUAUUUUUACCUUCCAAUUUGAUCAUCCUCUUCAUCCCUAUCUUAUCAUUUUCACAACCUCCUCCCUCCCCCUCAUUUCUCCCAAUCCAAAUCCAACAAUCCCAAACCUAAUGUUCAACAGAGAACACAACACCACCACCAGUCACCAGUUGUUGCUGCUACUCUCUUGCUGAUCAAAAUUUGGUAUUGGGUCUUCUUCUCUAGUCCAAGCCCCCCUUUUAUUGCCGAGUCCAUUGCACUCUCUUUCUCCCCCUCCGCUCACACACACACUUCCACCUACGCACACACACACACACACACUCUCUCUCUUCUCUUCUCUCUCCACAGUUUUCUUGGGUUUUUAUGGCCAAGGGAAGUGGACUCUCCAUUGAUUCAGAUCCAUUUGGGUUCUCUCUCCACAAUCCCAUAGUACUCAACUCCUUUCAACAAGACCAAUAUAACCACCAUCAACCCUGCAGGACCAAGAAGCAGCAGCAGCAGCUUCAUCACUCCUCACUCAACAUGGACAUGGACGCCUCCACAAUUCACCCGAGGUCUCCUCCUCCCCCUCCUCUUCCUCCUCCAACUCUGCAAUUCUCAGUCAACCUCAACUGCACCCAUGAAGAUGUUGAUAAUCAACAUCAUCAUCACCACCAUCAGCACUCUCCUGAACCACCCUCCAAUGAAAAACGUAAAGUCAUCGACGAGAGGGACUUCUUCGCCGAUAACAAGAGCCAUGUUGAUCAAGACAAGUCUGCCUCCGCCGACCCUGCUGAUAAAAUGGACUUACAUGGCCCGACGGAUAUGGAAUUCAACGUAAAUACUGGCUUGAAUCUUCUCCUUACAAACACUAGCAGUGACCAAUCAGUGGUGGAUGAUGGCAUUUCGUCGAACAUAGAAGAUAAAAGAGCUAAAAGUGAGCUGGCUGUUCUUCAAGCUGAGCUUGAGCGAAUGAACGCGGAGAAUCAACGUUUGAGAGGCAUGCUUAAUCAGGUGACUACCAAUUACAACGCUCUUCAGGUGCAUUUGCUGACGUUGAUGCAAAGCCAGAAGGCUGAGCAGAACAGUAGCGCUGCUGAAGGCCAUGGAGUGUUUGAUGGGAACAACAAAAUGGUGGUGGAAGAAAAGAAGCUCAUUAAUGGCAAUGGAUCGCCAGUAGUGGUCCCUAGGCAGUUUAUGGAUCUCGGGUUGGCUGCCAAUAAUGCUGACGCUGAUGAGCCUUCACAGUCUUCAUCUGAAGAAAGAAGCCGCGAACGGUCUGGAUCGCUUGGAGAGAAUGUGAAGGUUGCUGGGCAUAGUGAUGAUCAGGAGAAGAAGGAAUUUGGAAGAGGGAUUGGGAGAGAGGAGAGCCCAGAUCAGCCAUCACAGAGUUGGGCCCCUAACAAAGUUCCAAGGCUCAAUUCUCCCAAAGAGGUUGAUCAAACUGAGGCUACCAUGAGGAAGGCAAGAGUUUCGGUCAGAGCUCGAUCAGAGGCACCUAUGAUCACUGAUGGAUGUCAAUGGCGAAAGUAUGGACAAAAGAUGGCAAAGGGAAACCCGUGUCCUCGAGCUUAUUAUCGAUGCACCAUGGCUGCUGGUUGCCCAGUUCGUAAACAAGUACAAAGAUGUGCAGAAGAUAGGACAAUCCUAAUUACUACAUAUGAAGGCAAUCACAACCACCCAUUGCCUCCAGCAGCCAUGGCAAUGGCAUCAACUACUUCAUCCGCGGCACGAAUGCUACUCUCGGGGUCCAUGCCGAGUGCAGAUGGCCUAAUGGACUCAAACUUCCUCACCAGGACAAUCCUCCCAUGCUCCUCUAGCAUGGCCACCAUCUCAGCCUCAGCACCAUUCCCUACUGUUACAUUGGACUUAACACAAUCACCAAACCCUUUACAGCUCCAAAGGCCACCAGGCCAAUUCAACAUCCCAUUCCCAAACCCAUCUCAGAAUUUCACCAAUGGACCCGUCUCAUUGCUGCCUCAGAUUUUUGGUCAAGCACUCUAUAACCAGUCAAAAUUCUCUGGCCUGCAAAUGUCACAAGACAUGGAGGGUGCCCAACUGGGUCACCAACAGCAACCAGGGCACCAAGGGCAGCAGCAGAACUCAUUGGCUGACACUGUCACUGCAGCCACUGCCGCCAUUGCAGCUGAUCCAAACUUCACUGCAGCCCUGGCAGCAGCCAUCACCUCCAUUAUUGGCAAUGCUCAUCCAAACAACAAUAGUAACAACGGCACCAACCCCGCAACCAACUCAAACAACAACAAUGGCAAUGGCAACGGCAACGCCACCAGCAACAACAAUAAACUUAGCAAUUCAAGUUUUCCAGCCAACUAAAGCAAGCUUCUUCUUCUUCUUUUCUUUUUUAGUUGUCCUUUUUAGGUUUUUCUUUUUCUUUAUAUGGGCUGGGAGAAAACAAAGUGAGAAUAUACAUGUUUUUUUUUCUUCUUCUUUCUUUUUUUGGGUGGAGAGGGAUUAAUUAAACAUAGAUUUUUAUAUUCUUUGUCAUUCGAAUAACAUCGUCAAUAUGUUCAAAUUGUAUGUCAGUACAAAGUCCCAUUAAAUUGAAGAAAACAAAGAAAGGAAGAGGAAAGAAUGCAAAUUGGUUUUC